CCUCUUCAGCAGGGCUCUGCUUCCAGAUUAAAACGCGCCGGGUUGGGGCUGCGCGCGCGCCUGUUUGUACACAAUGCCAUGUGCCAAGCUGCUCUUGCGCGCCGGCAUUGGCGCUGGCAGGGCGAGCCAGCUUCUCGCGCCGGUUCUAGGCUGGUUUCCAGGGCCCCCGACGCGCGCGCCCCUUCCCUGCCUCCUUCCCAACGGCCCGGGCAGCCGCUGCUCAGUGCCCACCAAUGCCUGCGGCUGGCUCCGUUUUUGUUUAGCCUAGCAACCGCCGCCGCCUCCUCCCUUGACGGGCACCCGAAAGGCAGGCCCGAGCAACCCGAGCGCGCCGUCUCUGCGCCGGGCCCCUCUUGCGCUGCAGCGGGAAGAAGGCGCGUUGCGAGGGGAGGCAGAGGCAAGACCUCUCACGGGCACCAUGAAAGUGGCCGUGCUGGACCUGGGCACCGUCUUCGCCAAACUCUUCAAGCCCGCCUCCUCCUCCUCCACCUCAACGCCCUUCUCGCCGUCCAAGCCGCCGCUGCUCCUUCCUCCCUCGCCUUGCCCUCCUCUGCCCGGCCGCAGCGCUCCCUUGGCGCCCGCAGGGGGCUCGUCUCUCCCAGGGGCGACCGCUCGGACUAUUGCUGGCCCCGGGGCGAAGGCCGCCGGCGCUGCGACGGGUAACAACUCCCCGCGCUUGGCUGCGCCCGCUUUGCCCCGAGAGCCGCCGGGGAAGCCGUUGCUCUUCUUCACCUUGCCCGACAUCGGCGAGGAGGGCGCGCCCGACGCCGACCCCCCGGAGGAAGCCUCGGCGCCCAGAAGAGGACUAUCCAAAGGAUCUGCAGACCGUGGCCUUCAAGGAAAGAGUGAAGAUUCUCUCCCAGCACCGUUUACCAAAAGCGUUCAAGAAGCAAUUGACAACUAUACAUUUGUUUCUGUUUCAUCGUUGUCGUCUAGUGGACAAACAACGCCCACAGGCUUGAAUCGUUCCUGGUCAGGGAUACAGAAUUAUACUACUGGCCCUUCUACUGAAAGAAGCUCGGUUUAUUCCUGGAGGGAUGAUGAAUUUGAUAAAGCUAACACACAACGAGUGCACCAAUUGUUUUGGGAUGUGGAUGAAAUGCUGUUUGAAGACAAAGUGAGUUCCCAGGCUGAAAGUCUAAGAAAAGAAUGUAAAGACUGGACCGAUCGAUCUCUUCACUUAAGGAUCUUGGGAAAACAGCUCAUUCUUCCUAACGAUGAGGGCUUUCAGCACUACGAAAGAAGAAAUGCCAACUCUGUAUGUUCCAGAUCCUUACCUAGCUUGAGCAAAAUGACUAGCAGUAUGAAAGAGUUAUGUAUUUCGGGCUCUAAACUGAUCCCUGCCGCUUCUCCGGUGCGCAAGUCAUUCAACACUGAUUUGCCAGGGGUUCCUGUAGCUGAGUCAUCUGUAUAUUCAUUUUUGGAAGAAGAAAUCUAUGAUGCAGAGGGGAAAAUUGAAGAGUAUCUUGCAUUUGACAACAAGGAUAUUGAUGAUGAGAGUUUGGAGCAAAAGCAAUCUCAGCUUGGUCAAAAGAGGACAAAGUGUGGCAUUCCUCCUGUUUCCCCCAAUGCCUGCAUCAAAGAUGCUGUCACUGCAGAGAUAUUUGAUCAUGUCUGGAAGUGUGUAAUUGAAGUACUGGAAGAACUAAUAAGAAAAAACUGGGAAUCAACUAUUACAGAGAAUGACAAACAGAUGGAGAAACUGAAAGCUGUUGGAAAUAAAUUGCCACAUUUGCCUGUUCCUCGAGUUACAGUAGAUACAUCAAGUGUACCUCCGUCAAGAGGGUCAGAGGCUCGAGUAGCAUCUUUCGGCGUACACUUUGUCCCAUCACAGAUCCAUCGUUUUCCCAGCAAUUUUUACAGCGAUUUAAAUGGUGUUAUGACAAUUCAGGCUAAACCGCUGCAACAGAGGCAUUCAGGCUUGGCAGAAAAGACUCAGAAUGAGCAAGAAAAUAAGCCACAGCCUGCAGGCCGCAGUGUUAACUCAGCGCGAAACCGCCUGGGGCGGAUUGCUGACAGUAGUGUUCUUUCGUCUUCUCGGGUGUUGCAGGGGUCCUCUAGGAAAAUUCCAGGCCAUCGUAGGCUGCCGUCUAUCAACCCUGAUCCGUUGCGCUCAAAAACCUCCAACGUUUACAGUGAUGAAGUUCUUAGAGGGACAAAACUGUGCACCGCCUUAGAUUGUGUGUCCUCUCCACUUCCGCCUACAACCCGGAACAAGUUGCCACCAAUAAGUUCAGAAGUUGUUGAUCAAUAUCUUUCAGUUCCAGGAUCCCGACAAGGCUUUCACAGAAGAAGAUAUCCUCCAAGCAGAAUAUCCAGCGCAGUACCUGAUCCCACUGAACGACGGCCACUUAGAGAGCGUACGGUAGUAAUAGAUCAGUUUUCAAGACCGAAAACCACUCACACGUUCCGGUCAGAUGCAGCUCAUAAAAGGUCAUUGACAUCUAUGGAUUUUGCUAACCAUAUGUGGACAGGUCAAGGAGUGCUGGCAGGUUCACAAUUCCACGUCAAAUCAUUUCAAAGAAAUUCAUCCGUCUCUAGGAGGAGAUUUCAGGUUACUUCCUAACGCAGCAGAUGAUAACAAGCUGAUCUAUACUUGGUGGGAAGCUACAGUGUUCAACUUAGUGUGAAGAAGCAGUCACGCACUUUUGUGGAUUAAUAUUCUAUCUCUGCAUAUGACCUUGUAUUGAAAGUUACUUCACCAGAAACUUCGAAAUAACAUUAACAAAAGCAAGUGGAGGCAGUGGCUAAUGUCUGAAAUGCAGAAUAAAUGUUAGUGAUAUUUGCUGUCUAAGGGCUUCUGUAGGAAAGUGCCUUUUUGGUUCUGCUUUUGUUGUGGACCAGUAUAAGUAAAAACAAGAACUGAGCCAAAUUUUUACAUGAGCCUUGAUCUCAGUCCCAAAACCUCAAUGUUUAUAUUUCACUUGUCAUUUAAAUGCUAAGCAGAUUGCGUGGAAGUCAAAUGUUUUUCUGGUUUUUGUCCAAAGUUUGGAUAUGUCAGACAAAGUUUCCAAAAACUGGUUUUAAGGGUCCAAGCUUUUGUGUGGUCCGGAAGUUAAUCAACAUGGAAGGGGGUAGAAAAUCCUUAGCUUCAGGCGUAAGGGAGCUGUGCAAUCCCUGAUCUUAUCUGACCAAGUUCAGGAAGAAGCUGACCAACUGAGCUGAUGACAUAUCGUGCCUUCAGAUAAUAUUCUCUUUUCCCUCUCCAUGCCCCAUGUGACAUGUAACAAUCCUACACCAACCGUGCCUCACAUGCUCUGGGCAGAGGAUUUGAAAAUCACCCUUUGAGGAUUUUUGAACAAUUACUUGUGUCAUCCAGGACUGGGAUGAAAAACAAAGUGAAAAUGAAACAAAAACUAAGGGCCAAACUGUAGAUAAUGUGAUCACAAGCCUCUAUGAGUGGUUUUCCCACUGUUUUUAAUCUUUAAGGUGCAGCCAUAUUUGACUGUGACUCAAAGGAAGGAAAGGAUUUAAUUCUUUCAUUUCAUUUCAUUUUUUUUUUGGUAAUCUAAAUCAUCCCAAGGGAUGCCAUUUUGUUCAUCACAGAAAAUGGGAACAUAUGGCUGUUUUGGGUUUUUUGUAGAGGGUUUUACUCAUUAUAUGUCAGUCCACACAGGUGAUCUGUAAAAAAGAAAGGUACAAAAGGACAACUUCAUCAAAAUUGUGUGUGCAUAUGGAAACAAUCCUAAGCAGGUCUACUUGGAAGUAAGUACAAAUUAUUUCAGUGGGUUUUGCUUCUAAGCAUUCCUGGGAUUGCAGAAGUGUGUUGCUAUUCCUUAGUACCACUUUGCAAAGCAAAGCCUUUAUUGGCAUGAACAGAACCACAACAACAAAACACAGCAAACAAUAAGGUUUCGAAGGGAAAAAUGAAAAAGGGUAACCUCAGAUAGAUUCAUAUUGUUACUGACUCUGAAUUAUUUCCAUAAGAGAGCUUGCAGCCUCUUCACAAAAACAGAAUCAGAGUUAUUAGUACCACUUUGAAGACAAGAUGAAAUACUUUAGAACCCAAACAUCCAUGGAGAAAUUUGGAUGGGGAGAAUUUUGUAAACAUACUUAGCUUCCUUCAUAUUACCAGUGUUUCAGCUAGUAUAAAUAUAGAUUUUGUGCAGGUUUCAAGUUUCUUAAAAUCUCUGUAAUUACAUCCUCCUUUGUUUUAAAAGUA